CUCACGGGAGGAAUUGGGUUCAUCCACCACAACUGCACCCCGGAGUUCCAGGCCAACGAAGUGCGGAAGGUGAAGAAAUACGAGCAAGGAUUCAUCACAGAUCCGGUGGUGCUGAGCCCCAACGACCGAGUGCGAGAUGUGUUUGAAGCAAAAGCUCGUCAUGGAUUCUGUGGGAUUCCCAUCACGGACAACGGGAAGAUGGGGGGCAAGCUGGUUGGGAUUAUUUCAUCUCGUGAUAUUGAUUUCCUGAAAGAGUCAGAGCACGACUUGCCUCUUGGCGAGAUUAUGACAAAGCGGGAGGAUCUUGUGGUGGCCCCGGCUGGUGUAAUGUUGAAAGAAGCGAAUGAAAUUCUGCAAAGGAGUAAAAAAGGCAAGCUGCCAAUUGUCAAUGAAGAUGACGAGCUGGUGGCUAUAAUUGCCCGCACUGAUCUCAAGAAGAACCGGGACUACCCUCUGGCUUCUAAGGAUUCCAAGAAGCAGCUGCUCUGUGGCGCCGCUAUUGGGACUCACGAAGAUGACAAGUACCGGCUGGACCUCCUGGUGCAGGCUGGCGUGGAUGCGGUAGUGCUGGAUUCCUCUCAAGGGAACUCCAUCUUCCAGAUCAAUAUGAUAAAAUAUAUUAAGGAGAAAUAUCCCAACCUGCAAGUUAUUGGAGGAAAUGUUGUGACUGCUGCUCAGGCCAAGAACCUCAUUGACGCAGGCGUCGAUGCCCUGAGAGUUGGGAUGGGCAGUGGCUCCAUCUGCAUCACACAGGAAGCUGCUCCAAAGAUCCCUCCAGACCUAAAGUCCCACAGCCCCAAAUGCCCUUCUACUGUCACGGGCACCUAUAUGCUGGCGUGCGGCCGCCCCCAGGCCACAGCAGUGUACAAGGUGUCCGAGUACGCCAGGAGAUUCGGCGUUCCUGUGAUUGCGGAUGGAGGGAUCCAGACGGUUGGGCACAUCGCGAAGGCCCUCGCGCUGGGUGCCUCCACAGUGAUGAUGGGCUCUCUGCUGGCCGCUACCACGGAGGCUCCAGGCGAGUACUUCUUCUCGGAUGGCAUUAGGCUGAAGAAAUAUCGUGGCAUGGGCUCACUAGAUGCCAUGGACAAGAACCUGGGCAGCCAGAACCGGUAUUUCAGCGAGACGGACAAAAUCAAGGUGGCCCAGGGGGUCUCCGGCGCAGUGCAAGACAAGGGCUCUAUCCACAAGUUCAUUCCGUACCUGAGUUGCCAGGAUAUUGGUGCCAAAAGCCUGACCCAAGUCCGAGCCAUGAUGUACUCGGGAGAGCUGAAGUUUGAGAAGAGGACGAUGUCUGCGCAGGUGGAAGGAGGGGUGCAUGGCCUCCACUCGUAUGAGAAGCGCCUCUUCUGAAGGUCUGUCGUCUGUCAUCGUGCCACU